AUGCUCGACACAAGCAACUCUAUCGCUCUAACAGCCUUUACUGUCUCCUUGAUUGCCUUGACCGUGACCCUUCUCCAGCUCCUCCAGCAGUACUUUGCAACAGCUCAGGGCUACAACCGGUGCUCAAGACAGUUCAUCGGCAACUGGUCUCGAUUCCGGCACCGACAUUAUCUCUGGCGGGAGUUCCGGUUUGAGGUCACAUUCGUGAGACCGUAUAUUUAUCUUGGAAAUCCCAAAUCAUCUCAACCCAUUUUGAAUGCUGUGGAUUCGUCGGCGAUAUGGCUCAACCUCUUUCCGUUCCUCCAAAGAGACCGGGAAUGGCGGGAGCAGUAUCUGAGAAAGUCCUUGGGCGUAAGUGAGCUAGCAGAGGAAUUCACUGAUGCGCGCACGCAUGCCUCUUGGACUCUUUUCCUGAAGCAUUUGCAAGAAUACAACCAAGUUGCUACCAGGCGAAUGCCUUAUUCAACUUCCAGUCUAUCACCUCCUCCCUCUCCUCCUCCGGCAUCAACCUACGGCAUUUGCAUCAAGUUUGAGCCCUGCAUAUGGGAUGACCUCCCCGGAAACACCGGCCAACUGACAGGUUCAGUUUCCCUCCGCGACCUAACCGUCUUGACUCGUUUUCUCGGCCUCGCCUGGUCAGAUGGUCCAUUCCCGGGUACCCAAGGACCGGCAUCGGCAGAGGAGGAAAGCAAACCAACUACCAGCUACCCUUCUCGAGGCAAUCUCCAAGCCUCAGGAAACACCCUCACCCUCGCCGAAAGAUCCACCCCCUUACUCCGAUACGAGCAGCAAGACACCACCCCGCCACGGUUGCGACACCUCUCACGGAGGGAGACCUUCAUCAUCCAUUCCGGGACGGUAGCAAUGUUCUACGGGCGAAUCAUUCCGGACUCAGUUCUUUUCCCAUCUCCGGCCUUCUCCCAACCAUUCAUUUUAGACGGUAACGAUGACCGGGUGUGGAAGAACCUCUCCCACACCAUGUGGCUCCCCCUCCCACCGAGACGAAACCUCGUCAACAUCCUCCCAGCCUUGUGCUCCACCAUCCUCAGCCAAAGAGAUCUUUACCCUGUGCGCGUGCCGAAACCGCACCGGUAUCUCCUGGGCCCGUUCACUAGGCCCAGGAUUGCGAUGAUCUUCAAGCGUGGCGUGGAAGAUAUACAAACCCAGGGGUCUUCGCGUAUCGUAGACGGGAUCCUAGAGGCUAUCAACGAGCUAGAGCAGAUUUCUCGACCAUCACAGCAGCACUCACCUCCUCCUCCUCCCUCUACCGUAACAACAACCACCCCCACCCGCAUCCCAGACUACUGGAAACUUUCCCAAGGCACCCACCCCGCCUGGGCCACCGAUUUAGAAUCGAAUAACCCCGAAGCCGUAAUCUUCUACUCCAGGGUCCACCACUGGCUAAAAUGGAUCCAGCACGAACUAAGCCAAUUCCUCCAUCGAGAAGACAAUCACAUCGGACUCUACACCUUCUUCCACUGGGAUCUAAUCUCCUCUUUUGUCGAGUUCAUCGUCGCCACCGAAGACGGUGAAGCAGACACUGAACACGCCGAGGAAGGCUUCUCCUCCUCUGAAGCAGGAGGAACCUUCACAACAAAGAAGCAGCAGCAGCAACCAUACAGUAAAAUGCCGCAGACAAAAUUAAACGACAAGAUAGACUACCAGACCAAAAAGAACACCUUCUUAACCUGGCGCCGAAACAUGAAAGUCCUUUUCGACCAUUUCCCUACCAUCGAGGACCAUGUCCGUAAACGCGGAAAACGACGCGCCGAAAUGCACGUGAAUGGACACGGAGACGGGAAGAGCCUAAAUCUGGGAGACCCGUUUGAUAUAGUGAAUUCUUGUGAAGGGAUGGUGGGGUAUAGUAAAGCAAAUUCCGAGGAGAUCCGGGAUGCGGUUCUGGGGUUGGUGUUUCGGGCAAUGUGUUGGUUUGUUUACCCCCUUCUUUUGUUUUUUAAGUGA